UCAUAUAAAAAAAUCCCGCAAGGGUCUACGCCCAGGCAAAAUAUCGGACCCACCUAUAGAUUACUACGCCGUCCUCGGCUUACUGCCCGGUGCCGAUACGGGAGAGGUCAAUAAAGCGUGGAGAAAGCUGGUUUUGCUCCAUCACCCGGAUAAGAACCCUUCUUCUAAACAAAAUCUUGCGACUACGCAAACCAAUCCGAAAGAGAACCCAAAUGGGAAUGGGACGAGAAAUCUAGAGACUGAAAUGCUGAACGAAAAGAUCCAUCUCAUCAAUCAAGCACGUCUCGUUCUUACUUCCCCCCAACUGAAAGAUGAGUGGCUGGCCUCUUUUUCCGCGUGGGCACGUUCGUCUCAAGGAAUACAAGGUCUUCAUGAAACGGGUGGCUCUUUGAAAGCAGGAGGUGGAGGAAGAGGACCACAUGUCUUUCGGCAUAUUUCUCUGGAUGAGUUUACGCCGCAUUAUGUGGAUGGUACUGCAGAGAACGAACACGAAGAGAAUGCGGACGAGAAGGAAGAAGAAGAGGAAGAGGAGCCGCAGUAUUUUACCUACCCAUGCCGUUGUUCAGGUCAGUUUAUGAUUUCGCUGGAGCAGCUGGAAGAAGGGGUAGAGGUUGUGGGCUGUGAAGGGUGUGGGGAGUGGGUGAGGGUAGGGUAUGAGGUUGUGGAGGAUGUUUAAGGGAGGUGGGGAGGAGUAUGGGUGGAACGGAUGGGGAGUAAGCGAUUCGAUUAUUCGAUUAUUCGAUUGUUAGUGAUUCGGGGGGUUGGUAGCAUAUUUGCGUAGAACUUUUGGGCAUCUGAUGUUGAGGCUUUUUGUUGUAUGAACAGUCUGUAGCAA